UGUCUAGAAAAAGAAUAAUCAACGAGAGUCAAAGUUAUAAUCUAUGGUUAAUUAUUAGACAGAGACGAAUAAAAAAGUACUAACCUGUGGUACAAAUACAAACAAGUACAGCAAUAGUAAAUAAAUAAUCUAUUAAAUCUGCCUGUAAAUAUUCCAAAAAAGUAAAUAAAUAAGUCUUAGAUAUUAUAUUCCUCUGUGAUUUACGGGUUAAAAAUUGUAAAUACCAGAGAAAAGAAACUAUGGAUAAUAUGGAUGAAGUAAUAGUUUUUAAAGUAGUAACUAAAUUGAGGGAAACUAAGAGAAAAGUCUAUGUAUGUGCCACAUGUAGGUACAUAACGCAGCGUAAGGCAGAUUUAGACAAACACAAGGAAACUCACUUGCCACCGGAACAAAGACAGCUGCUUUCUUGUGAGCACUGUUUCAACAAAUAUAGGUCAAAGCAAGGCUUACAAAAACACCUUUAUAAUAAGCAUAGAAAUCCUGGUUGUACAUCUGUAACUGAAGAAGUGAUACUAGAUUCUUUAAAAAUUGAAAUUGAUGAUCACACUCCACUUAACGACGAGUUUAAAAAUACUGAAUGCCUUUUUGCGACUAAUCAAAUAAAAUCAGAUCUUUUAAAAUUAGAACCUGAUGAUGUCGCUCCGAUUCAGCAUAAAGAUUUGCAUGCUGACUUUAAAAAUGCCGAAAAUGUAUCUGUCGCUAAGAAGGUGAAGUUGGAAGAUUUUAUAAAAAUGGAACCUGACGAUAACUCCCCGUUUCUAGAUGAAGACGCGUUUUUCAAGGACAUUCAAUUUUUUUAAAAAUUUGAAGGAAGGUUGUCGGAUUGAACAAAUGUAAAACAGAAUGGUCGUUUUUUUGCGGUAUAAAUAAAUAUUCCUCUGUCUAAAA